GAAAAAAAGGAGUACAAAAAUGUAUUUGUGUUCUGAUGUGAGUAUUUAGAAACGGGAAGAUCCUGUAGUUUGGUCCUUUGCGGGGGCAUUGCACUUAAACCCAAAACUAAAACACAAGAAAAGACCGAGAACCUCAGAGAAUUCUUUUGGGCACUGCCAGACAGGUCAUCUCUUGGGUUUGGCCUAUUCCUGAAACAUAGUACGAAACCCAGAUCAGAUAAAUCGUUGAAAACCGAUAGUUGAACUUGGAUCUACCUCUCAUUUACGUCACUGAAUCUAAGUUUACCUUGAAGAAAUCUUCAACUUUUAUUUUUUUGUCUGAAAAGACGAAAAAUGCAGAGUAAGGGGUCCAAUAGCAUGGUUUCAAAUAUGAUAUUUCGAACGCGAAUCUCUUCGUUGUUGAUCUCCAUGUUCGCCACUUUUGCUUCUUUUUAUGUGGCUGGCAGAUUGUGGCAGGAUGCAGAAAACAGGGUUUAUUUGAUAAAGGAGCUUGAUAGGAUAACUGGACUGGGCCAAUCUGCUAUAUCAGUGGAUGAUACUUUGAAAAUCAUAGCCUGCAGGGAACAGCAGAAGAAAUUAUCUGCCCUUGAGAUGGAUCUUGCUGCAGCUAGACAAGAGGGCUUUACUUCCAAGCGUUCAUCAGAUACUGAUGGGGCUGUUUCAAAGAGAAGGCCACUUGUAGUAAUAGGAGUUUUGACAGGAUUUGGACGUAAGAACAACAGAGAUGCAAUACGAAAGGCAUGGAUGGGAAGUGGUGCAACUUUGAAGAAAAUGGAGAAUGAAAAGGGCAUAGUUUCACGAUUUGUCAUUGGAAGAAGUGCAAACCGUGGUGACAGUUUGGACAGGAGCAUUGACGAUGAAAAUAGGCAAACAAAUGACUUUAUUAUUCUUGACCAACUUGAGACACCUGGGGAGCUUCCAAAAAAGGCCAAAAGGUUUUUUGCUUUUGCUGCUGACAGAUGGGAUGCUGAGUUUUACGCAAAAGUUAAUGAUGAUAUUUAUAUGAAUAUUGAUGCCUUGGGAGCUACACUCACAUCUCAUCUGGACAAACCUCGUGUUUAUAUUGGCUGUAUGAAAUCAGGCGAAGUUUUCUCUGAACCGAGCCACAAAUGGUAUGAACCAGAUUGGUGGAAGUUUGGUGAUAAAAAAUCAUACUUUCGCCAUGCAUCAGGUGAAAUGUAUGUCAUAUCCGGGGCUUUGGCUAAAUUUGUUUCAAUAAAUAGAUCUCUUCUGCGCACAUAUGCCCAUGAUGAUGUCAGUGCUGGAUCCUGGUUUUUAGGGCUUGAUGUCAAACAUGUAGAUGAAGGGAAGUUUUGCUGCACAUCUUGGUCAACAGGAGCUAUUUGUUCUGGAGUUUAAUUUUAUUUACUGAUCCUGGAAGCAAAAUAUAAACCUGAUGCCAUCUGAUGGGAUUUAUUUUAUUUUCAAAUAGUCAGUCUGCUCAACAUGA